AUGAUUUUAAAUAAAAGAUUACUGCAGCUUCAUACGAGUGUCAUCCAAAAUCGUUAUCGUUUUAAUCAGCAACAUAAUUAUGAAAUAUUUGUGAGGAAUUAUUAUGGUUCAGGAUCUCACAUAUCAAAACUUGAGCGUUUUGUGAGGGAUGAGUGUAAAUCCGGAAGGAUCAAGAAGCUUGAUGAUGGUUUGAGAUAUUUUGAUCAGUUGAUAUCAGAAAGGCCAUUACCAUCUAUUGAUACGUUUAAUCAUGUAUUGGGAUCAUUAUCUAAAAUCAAAUGUUAUUCAGAUGUCAUUUUGUUGUAUAAGAAGAUGAAUUUUGUUUGGAUAAAACCUGAUUUGUGUGCACUCAACAUUUUGAUUAAUUGCUGUUGUCAGUUGGGAAAAGUUGAUCAUGGGUUCUGUUUGCUUGGAGAGAUGAUAAAGAGAGGUUAUCAACCUAAUUCUGUUACAUGUAAUACUCUUAUACAUGGUCUGUGUAAAACUGGUCAAGUGGGUCGUGCUCUGCAGUUAAAAAACAACAUGUUGAAAUGGAAUUGCAGACCCGAUGUUUUCUCAUAUAAUGCCAUUAUAGAUACUCUUUGUAAAGGAGGUUUACUUGAUCAAGCUUUGGUUCUCUUCACUGAAAUGCUUCACGAUUCCAAUGUUGUACCCGAUGUGGUUGCUUACACUAUUCUGAUUACCGGGUUUGGCAAUUCCGGCCGGCUGAAGGAAGCAAAGAGCUUCUUUGACGAGAUGGUUAGUAGAGGAAUCUCUGGGAAUAUAUUAACUUAUAAUUCUAUGAUUCAUGCCCAUUGUGUCCAUGGUCAACAGGAAGAAGCAAGAAGAUAUUUUGAUGAAAUGAUGGAUCGAGGGAUUUCACCAGAUACAAUAACUUUUAAUAUCUUAAUAGAUUCACAUUGGAAAGAUGGGAUUACGGAAGAUGCUUGGGGGUCAUUCAAACUAAUGGACAAGUUAAACAUCCCACCUGAUCAGAUUACUUAUAGUUCAAUGAUUGAUGGUUUGUGUUUGGUAGGUCGGUUGCAAGAGGCAGUUAAACUGUUUGACUCAAUGAUGGAUAGGGGCUUAGAGCCAAAUGAGUUCAACUACAAUGUGUUAAUCGAUGGGUAUUGCAAGAAUCGUAAGUUACAUGAAGCUAUGCAGCUAUUCAAGAAAAUGAAACAAAAUGGAUUGAAACCCACCGUAGUUACUUACAGUAUACUAUUAAGGGGACUAUACCGGGAUGGAAGAAUUAGGACCGCAAAGAAUUUGUUUAAUGAGAUGCAAACUUUUGGUUUAUCUCUCGAUGAAGUUACAUAUGGUACAAUGUUGGAUGGACUUUGCAAGAAUGGAGAAAUUGAAGACGCAGUAGACUUGUUUGCAUCCCUGGAGGAUACAAGUAUCUCAGCUAAUGUUGAAAUGCAUAAUAUUCUUAUUCAGGGUUUUUGUCGGGCUGGCAAUUUGGAAGAUGCAAGGAAACUGUUUGAUGAGAUCCCAAGAAAAGGAUUGGUGCCUAGUGUAGUAACAUAUACCACGAUGAUUGAUAGCCUCUUUCGAAGCAAGAUGUUAUCAGAAGCUAACAAACUAAUCCUCGAAAUGGAAGAGAAGGGUUGUUUCCCAGAUGUUAUAACAUAUAAUACCAUCAUUAAGGGUUUUCUUACAACAAAGGAGACUGACAAGGCAUUGCAAUUUCUUACUAAGAUGCGUGAAAGAGAAUUCGUACCAAGUGAUUCUGUUGUUUCUUUGUUGACAAAAACUCUCUCGGCAGAUGAGCUAAAAAAUUUCUAG